CUGAAUAAAGGUUAUAAGCUCAUUGCUUAAUUGGAUCCGGGACGGAAUAUGGAGUGCAGCAGUUUCAGAGAAUUGAGGCCGCUGGUUCAUCUGCUGGUGCCUCUCUGCAUCCAUUGGAUCGCCGAAGAGAUGACGGUAUCUGUUCUAGUUGACAUCACCACCUCUGCUUUAUGCCCUGCUACUCAAUCUUCCUGCUCUCAGGCCAUCUACCUCACUGGCCUCCAACAAACGGUUGUCGGAGUUUUCAAGAUGGUGGUGCUUCCGUUGCUGGGUCAGCUAACAGAUGAGUAUGGGCGCAAGCCGAUGCUUAUUCUUACCGUAUCCACAACCAUAUUCCCUUUUGCUUUACUUGCUUGGAAUGAAUCAAAAGAAUUUGUGUAUGCUUACUAUGUGCUCCGUACAAUUUCAUAUAUCAUAAGUCAAGGAAGUAUUUUCCUCAUCUCUGUUUCUUAUGCGGCAGAUGUUGUGGAAGGCAGUAAAAGGACUGCAGCAAUUGGAUGGAUAACGGGUCUUUUUUCCAGUUCACAUGUCCUGGGAAAUGUGUUGGCUCGUUUUCUUCCCGAAGAUUACAUUUUCAAGGUGUCAACACUUCUCUUAAUAUUUUCUCCAGUUUACUUGAAAUUGUUUCUGGUUGAGACGUUUAAACCCAUCCAGGCAGAGGGCCAACAUUCAUCUUGUUUGACUAUGAUUGUCAAGGUCUUUAAGCAGCUGUGUAGGUCAAUGAAAAAUUCUGCAACUGUGGUUAGUAACAGUGAAACUCUUAAACGCAUUGCUCUGGUUUCCUUCUUCUAUGAGUUGGGAAUGUCCGGCAUCAGCAGUGUCUUACUGUACUAUCUGAAGUCGGCUUUUGGUUUCACCAAGAAUCAGUUUUCUGAAAUUCUGAUGGCGGUGGGAAUAGGUUCCAUUGUUUCUCAGAUGUUGGUGCUUCCACUUAUCAAUCCAUUGGUCGGAGAGAAAGUUGUACUAUGCAUUGCCUUACUUGCAUCGAUAGCGUAUGGAUUGUUCUACGGUUUGGCUUGGGCACCUUGGGUGCCAUAUCUCAGUGCUUCAUUUGGAUUAAUCUAUGUCCUAGUGAAACCAUCUACUUAUGCUAUUAUUUCAAAAGGAGCGAGCUCAACCAAUCAGGGGAAAGUCCAAGGACUUAUUGCUGGAGUGCAAUCUAUUGCGAGUUUGAUAUCACCACUUGUAAUGAGUCCAUUGACUUCUUUGUUCCUGUCAAGCAAUGCCCCCUUUAGUUGCAAAGGUUUCAGCCUCUUGUGUGCAUCAAUUUCUAUGAUGAUUGCUUUGUGUCAGGCUUUGCUGCUGAAACAAGAUGAAAGCCGCUCAUAUUGUAACCCUAAGGACAAUACUGACCAUAGUGAAGCACCACUCCUCUCAUGAUAGUUGGCUGCCCAUCUCAUUGAGGAAAGAUGCUCAAAUUAACAGCUGACGCCUGAUGGUAUAAUUCAUCAUCUUGUGGCAAAUGCAAGCAAUGCUUGUCCAUCUAAGA